AUGUCAGCACAACGUACCAUGACCACCACAAUCAACACUUUGAUGAGACAGUUGAAAGCUAUUCUUGCAUAUGUCGUACGCUCUUAUGCCAGCUCAAGUAAGCCUAUUGCACAAGAAGCCAAACAUCCAGAGGUUAUGGUGUUCAAGAAUUAUACACCUAUUGACCUUUUACCCUUUGACGGGAACGGUGGACCAUAUGCUAAUUUUGCUGGUCAUGACGCCUCUCGCGGUUUGGCAAAGAAUUCAUUUGACGGUGACAUGUUGACAGAUCCAAAGGAUUCUAUUGAUAAAUUAGAGGAUCUUACGACAGAAGAAUGGGAGUCUUUAAGGGAAUGGGAACAACAUUUUGGCUCAAAAUAUCUCUUUUUACCAGAUGAGUUGCAGUUAAAGAUUCUUGCACAAUUGCCAAUUCCGGAUCUUUUAAAAGCAACUGUGGUAUGCCACAAAUGGAAUGAGCUGGUUUAUGAAGGAUCUUUAUGGUCUACCAUCAACGUAACACCCUUUUAUAAGACGAUUCCUAUUGAAAGUAUCCUGAAAUUGAUUAAAUGCUCUUCUCGGUUCCUUAAAACUGCAAAUUUUAGAGGUUGCAUUCAGCUGACAGGGCAUGGGUUACGAACUUUAUCCGAAUAUUGCCCUAAUCUUCAAGUGUUGAUCAUUAAAGAUUGUAGAGGACUAUCAGCAGCUAGUAUUGCACACUUUUUACAAAGAGCCAACGAAUUGAAAGUAUUGGACGUAUCAGGUUUAGAUACGAUGAAAAAUUCCAGCCUUACAAGCACGUCGCUCAACAAACUGGAGAGGCUGAAUAUGAGUUGGUGUCGGAAUAUGACUGGAUCAGGAAUAUUAAGCAUGAUUACAAUCUGUACAAGUUUACGAUAUCUGAAAUUAAAUGGAUGCUCACAAUUGGAUGAUAUUACAAUGUCGUCCUUGGGAACUUAUUUACCCAAUUUGAGUCAUCUUUGUUUAGCAGCAUGUACGAGUCUCAAAGAUUCCGGCCUAUCUUCAUUUCUAAAAAACCAUUCAGCCUUCCAUUUAACCCAUUUAAAUCUAUCCAGCUGUGCAAAGUUAACAGAUGUUUCAUUAAGAAAUAUCGCCAUAUAUUCAACAGGGAUAUCCCAUCUGGAACUGGCUGGUUGUGUAUUAAUGACGGACUUGGGAUUCACCUUCUUAUCACCAAGGUUAAGAAGUCUUGUUCAUUUAGAUUUAGAGGACUUGCAACAUAUCACAGAUAUCACGGUCAAAACAAUUGCAAAUCAUCAGCCACAUCUCGUUAGGUUCUGCUUAUCAAAUUGUACACAAAUCUCAGACGAUGGUAUUGCACACUUGGUAUUAAACGGUAUCUGUCGUGAAUUACAACAUAUAGAACUGGACAACUGCACCAUUACAGAUGGAGUGUUAAAGUCAAUUGCUAUGUAUCUUGAGCAGCAACAAAGCAAGCUGACAAAUUCUAGUUUAUUUACGUUUAAGCCUAGAAAGAUAAAUGUGGAGGUGUUGGAUUGUUCGAAUAUUACAGAAAUAGGGGUGAAGGAAGCUUUGGCAAAGGCGAGUCCCAUGUUAACCAUCAAGAGUUUCUACUCUUUUCAAUCAGAAGCCGUUUCAACAACCCAUGAUGAUGAAGUAGAUAAUAUUCAUCGGCAUCAUAGUGGUGCCCAAACAAGAAGACGUGAUCCAUCUGCAGGUCAGCAUCACGGCUCGGGAAAUUGCAUUAUUCUUUAA